CAGUGUGCUAUGAAUUUCAUUUUUAAUAAGGCUCUGAGGCAGGCCUGUAGGUCUAAGCUCUGCUAAUGUGCUUGGGCUUUCCCUCUCAGAUGGCAGGGACAGCACGCCACGAUCGAGAGAUGGUCAUCCAGGCCAAGAAAAAGCUUACCACCACCACAGACCCUAUUGAGAAACUCCGGCUGCAGUGCCUGGCCAGGGGCUCCGCGGGUAUCAAAGGACUUGGGAGAGUGUUUCGAAUUAUGGAUGACAAUAACAACCGAUCCCUUGAUUUUAAAGAAUUUAUAAAAGGAUUAAAUGAUUAUGCAGUGGUUAUGGAGAGGGAAGAGGCAGAAGAACUCUUCAGGAGGUUUGAUAAAGAUGGAAGCGGAACAAUAGACUUCAAUGAAUUUCUUCUCACAUUAAGACCUCCAAUGUCCAGAGCCAGAAAAGAGGUAAUUAUGCAAGCUUUUAGGAAGUUAGAUAAAACUGGAGAUGGUAUUAUAACAAUUGAAGACCUGCGUGAGUUAUAUAAUGCGAAGCAUCAUCCAAAGUACCAAAAUGGAGACUGGUCAGAGGAACAAGUGUUCAGGAAAUUUUUGGACAACUUUGAUUCACCCUAUGACAAAGAUGGGGUGGUGACCCCAGAGGAGUUUAUGAACUACUAUGCUGGGGUGAGUGCAUCCAUUGACACCGAUGUGUAUUUCAUCAUCAUGAUGAGAACUGCCUGGAAGCUCUAAAUGUGUGAUCUGGGGACCGGGGACCAGGUUUCCAAAGAAGAUUUUUUGAACUACUAUGCUGGAGUUAGUGCUUCUAUUGAUACAGAUGCCUAUUUCAUUUUAAUGAUGAAAAAAUCUUGGAGAUUAUGAGUUCCUUAUAAUUAUUUUGGAAAUCAGGAUAGAAUGAAUUUGGAAAAAAUGUCUAGUGCUAUAGAUUUUGAUAGGGAUAAACUAAAUUCUCUGAAAUAUCUUAACAUUUAAAAUCCAUAGAUUUUUAACUAUCUGAAGGACAUUAAUUUCCAUAAAUAUCCAAGGAUAUAUAUUUUAGUAAUAUGUGUGCUUAAUUGGGUUCAUCACCAAAUGCCCACUGGAUGUACAUUUUAAUGAAGAAAGAAUAGAAGACAGAAGAAAGAAAAAGAUGAAAUAAGACUGGAAAUUGUGCCUAGGUGAAAUAAUGUACUUCUUGUUAUAGAUUCUUUUAUUUAUAAGUAUAAAUACAACUGUUUCCCUUCACUUUCUCCAUAUUUAUUCUCUGUGGAGUCCUUAGUAGAAGAUAGUAAUAAAGAAGUAGAGGAAUAACUGUGUAGAAUUCCCUGAGCUUGUUUUUAAUGUUUCUCCUAAUGAAUGCAAAUAAAAAUUUAUUUCUGAAAUUUA